AUGAGCAAAUUAGAGCUGGUGUUUGUGCCUGCCCCAGCCGUCGGUCACCUUGUUUCGACAUGCAAGUUUGCAGAAAAGUUGCUUGAUAGAGUUGAAAGGUUAUGUAUAACAAUUCUGAUCAUAAGGCCACCCCCACCAUGGGAUGUCAGCAUAGAUGCCUACAUCAAACGAAGCUCCUCUGCUCCGGAGGGCAGACGAAUUCAAUAUAUCACACUUCCUCAAGCCGAACCGCCACCUGCAGAAGAACUAGCCAAGUCCAUUGAGAACUAUUUCUCUCUGUUAAUAGCAAAUUAUCGGCCCAUUGUGAAGGAAGCAAUUAUCAGCAACAAGUGGCCUGAUUCGAACCCGAAAAUAAUUGGACUACCACCUUCAUCAGUUCUUUUUCUGUGCUUUGGAAGCGCGGGUUUUUUUGAGCCACCACAGCUAAUUGAGAUGGCAAUUGCACUUGAAGAAAGUGGCGUUAGGUUCUUGUGGUCAAUACGCUGGCCUGUGGAUGCUGAACCUACAAAAUUUGAGAAUUUAUUGCCUGAAGGGUUCUUGGAGAGGACAAAAAACAGAGGAAUAGCAUGUGGAUGGGCACCCCAAGUCAAUAUCUUUGCUCACGAGGCAACUGGAGCAUUCGUAUCUCAUUGUGAUUGGAAUUCGACUGCAGAGAGUGUAUGGCAUGGAGUUCCAAUUCUGAGAUGGCCCCUUUAUGCAGAACAACAUGUCAAUGCGUUUCAAUUGGUGAAUGAUCUUGAGACAGCAGUAAAGCUGACAUUGGAUUACAGGAUGCGCAAAAGUGAUUAUCGUGAAAAUGUGAAGGCAGAGGACAUGGAGAAAUCUAUAAGAUGCAUAAUAGACAGCGAAAAUCCCAUGAGGAAGAGAGUCAAAGCUAUGGGAGAGAUUUGCAGGAAGGCGUUGAUGGAGAGUGGAUCUUCUUUCAAUUCUAUGGGACGAUUUUUUGAAACUAUUCUUGAUUCCUAGAAUUGAGAGGAGAAGAAUUUUACAUUCUGUACUCUUUAUGGUAGCAAAGUCUUGUUUUAUUUCAGUAUGUCACUGAAUCAAAUAACAGCUGUU